AGAACAUGUGAUUCUAAGUUGAAUAUUUUUGUGAUUAUUUUUAAUUGUCUCUGUUAUUAUUAUUAUUAUUUGGAUCUUUUUGAUUGUUCAAUCGUAAUUAAUUUUGAUUUUUACCAUGGCUCAAGUGAAUAAAAAGUCCAAUUCUAACGUGAUCGUUAGACUGUGUAAUAAGGUAAAACUUGUUUACACCGAUCCAUUCCUGUGGCAAGUGGUCAAGAGUUGGUCACUAUUCUCCAGUGGUAUUUACUUGGCCCGAUCUUUGGGACCAGUUAUCUCCGAUAACAUGGAACCUGUUUAACCCAAAUUGUUGGCUCUAAAAUUGAUUUACUUAGUCCUAUUGAGAGAUUCCCAUUCUCGCUCAAUACAAUAAAUGUAUAUUUAUCUUGAUAUUUGCCGUUUGUCGCUUUCCACGUGGUCAUAACUAUCCAGUUAAUUACGAUUUUGACACAUAUUACAAGCCUAUUUCAUUAGUAGAAUGCGGAGAAAAAGCAAAUUUUGGAAAUAAAACGUUCUAAUUGAAUUGAUUACUCUCAUUAUCUAAUGUCCAAGAUGACCACCUAUGACUUUGCUUCUAUUUGUAUCGAUCUUGAGGUCAUUCGUAUGAUAUUUUUUCUGUUUCUGUAGGUUUCCUAAUCUUAAUUCAAUCAUCAUGCAAAAAUCGUGAAUCGUAAUGAUUGUUGAUGAUGAACAAAAAAAUGAAAGUUAAUAAGUAAAAUAUUAACAAUGAAAAUCUAAUUGUUGAUUAAGGUUAAAAAGAUUUACUCUUGAAAUUGAAAAACUUUCAUUUUAAACGAUAAUAUCAAGAGACAACAAUUUAAUCCGAUAACCAAACAAACAAUUAACUUUAAACAAUUAAACUUUGAUCAUGAUACAUAUAUAAAAAAAAAAGUUAAAUCACUUUCAUUAGUUUUUGAUAGUUAAAUUGUUUUCCAAUAAACAAUUAGAUCCUUAAUAGCACAACUAAAUCAGAAAAAGCAAACCAACCAACCAUUAAUUAUUAUUAAUUAACCAACUAAAUAAAUAAAUGAUUGUCCAAAUAAUCAGAAUCUAAAUCAACAAUCAGAGAGAGAGAGAGAAAAUUUUCAAGACAAUUUCAGGUUCCAUUGUAAAAGUAAUAACAAUUAAAAGAUAUAAAUAUAAUUCUUAAUUGGUUUCUCAUAAUGAACAACAAUUAGAAUUUACUUUGAAUUAAAUGAUAAUACAUGAUUACUAUUUAUGGUAUAACAUCAACAAUUAAAAUGUAAUUACAAUAAUAAGUCAAUUGAUGAGGAGUAAAAAGUGAUAAUAGUAAUUUAAUAGAGCGAAUUGAGAAAUCGUCUUUUUCGUAAACAUAAUCAACAAUCAAAGAGGAAUAUAAGAUUGUCGAUAUGGAUUGUUGAUUAAAAAUUGAAUAUUUCUCCUCCUUUAAUCCUAUUUUAACAAUUAAACAAUAAAUAACAAUUAAAUCCUGAGAGAUUGAGAUGUUAAUGACAAUUAACUUUGCGGUGAUUAAAAAUUAAGAGUAAAUGUUUACAAAUGUUGUUUGUGGUGAAAGCGAAUCAAGAAAAAUGGAAGAAGAGAAAAAAAAAUAAACUAAAUCAACUUUUUAAAUAGUCAAUUGAAAAGACAAUUAAAUAACCAUGAAAAGAAAAGGUAACAAUUUAAUUUAACCAUUGUCGCUAAUUGUGUUACCCCAUUAGGAAGAUCCUCUUAUCGACUUGAAAGGUAAAGAGGGAGGACGAACGGGAGGUUGUACCUUUUUCAUUGGAUUCGCAUAUAUAAGUGGCCUUGAUGAUCUCUAACGAAUAUCAGUUCUCACCUUCAACUUGUUCGGAUAACAACAACAACAAUUAGCUAUUUAAUUUUGCUCAAUUUCAAUUAAUCAUCUUGAUUAAAGAUCAACUUUUUCUGUUCUGUUCAAUUUUCUUCAUCUUCUAACUAAUUAAUUAACUAUGGAAUCUUUCAAAUCAAUCAUGUGCUCUGCUCUCAUCUGUUGGAUAAUUUGUUUCUCCUCCCUGGUUGUGUGCCAAUUACCCACCUCAGCUGAAGUGACCCAACCAACGAACCCACUCUGGCAAUAUCAACCUAAUUCAGCUUCACCCAAUGGGUCACCUUACGGUCAACAGCCUCAACAACAUCACGACUAUUCAAUGGGUCAACGACAAACUGCCCUCGCCUCACCUUUGGUCUCUUUCCUUCCCAUGUUAGUACUUUUCGGCAUCGGUGCAGUCAUUGUCAUCUCAAUCCUUUACUUUAUCUUUAAUCCAUUUGGAUUAACUUCCCUUCUUGGACCUGGUUUGACCGCUGCUCCAGCCUACGGACGAAAACGGUCAAUCGAUGGAUCCAAAUUCCAACAAUAUGUUAUGGAUCUAAUUUCAACUGUUUCAAAUGCCAUCGAGAAAUACGAGAAAGCUGAAGCUUCACCCGCUCCACCAUCAACACAAUCAAACUCCAAAUCUAGUUAAUCAACUUUUUCUUAGCCGAUUGUCCGAAACAAUCAUCAUUCACCUUUCGCUUUAACCCUUAAUCCUUUCCCCAUGAAUUUCCUGUUAUCAUUAACUUCAUUGAUCUACUUUUUUUCGUCGUUCACCGAUCAACACACCGAAUCCAUACCACGGCCACAAUCACCACGACAAAGAGAUAAUUGUCUGAUGAAACAAAGAAAUGAUAUAAUGCUCAUGGUGCCGGUGAUGGAAUCAGAAAACGAACCCACCGUAUCGAUUGUGUUUUCUGAACCUUUUUUACUUUUUCCGAAUGAAACUUUUUUUCUCUUCUUCAUUUCCAUUGUAUUUUCUGUUUAUAAACAUAAAGAAAAAAGAUA